UGCAUAAAAUACAUCACUAAAUAAAGACUAACCGGACGGCAAAUAGCGACAGUCACGAAAAAUGGUGGAGCUUGAAGUACUCAGUGCUAAAACAACUAAGUCCUACGGCUUGGUGAAUGUGUCCUCCACCGCAGUUUCCAUUAGCGAGCUGCGGGUACUUAUUCACAAGACAUUGAAGCAAGCGCCGCAUGCGGACCGCAUUUCGCUACGCCUGGAGCCGCGCGGAAGGAGCUUGAAGGACACGGAUUCAGUGGCUUCGUUGAACCUGGGCAAUGGGGACAAGGUCUACGUUAAGGAUCUGGGACCGCAAAUUGGCUGGAAGACUGUCUUCCUGGCCGAGUAUGCCGGUCCUUUGAUAGUCUACCUGAUUUUCUAUUUCCGCCCGGAGCUCGUUUAUGGCAAGGCAGCCGGCAAUCCCAUUUCGCUGACCACUCACAUUGCCGCCGGAUGCUAUACGGUUCACUAUGUGAAGCGUUUGUUGGAGACGAUCUUUGUGCAUCGUUUCUCGCACAAUACGAUGCCGCUGCGUAAUCUCUUCAAGAAUUGCAGCUACUAUUGGGGCUUUACGGCGUAUGUGUCGUACCACGUCAAUCAUCCGCUCUACACUUCGCCGUGCAUGUGCACUGUGUGGGCUGCGCUGGCAGCCUUUGCCCUCUGCGAAUUGGGCAACUUUUCGAUACACAUUGCUCUGCGCAAUCUGCGUCCGCCCGGCACCAAGGUGCGCAAGAUUCCCGUGGCCGACAGCAACCCACUGACGAAGCUCUUCAACCUGGUGUCUUGUCCCAAUUACACAUAUGAGAUUGGCGCAUGGGUCUGCUUUUCGGUUAUGACCUCCUGCUUGCCCGCCUAUUUGUUUGCCUUUGCUGGUGCAUUCCAGAUGACUGUUUGGGCUCUUGCCAAGCACCGUAACUACAAGAAGGAGUUCAAGGACUAUCCAAGGGCACGCCGUGCCAUUUUCCCAUUUGUCCUGUAAACGGAUUCAUGAACAAACUGCAUUUGCAGCUACAGCGAAAACGCUGUACUUAUUCCAAUUCAUAAAUUAGAAUUAAUUAGCUUCGCUAAAUAUAAAUGGGUAGAAGAACUAUGCAUAUUCGCUCAACAAAAACAAAUA